CCUUGCACACCCAGCAGAACCAAGGAAACAGCAGCUAACUGAAGACAUCCUAUCUCCUUCAGAGUUCUGGUUUGAUUCCACUCUGCACCGCCAGGAUCUCUUCACAGAGCCACGACCACACAUCCAGCCAUGCGGUUCAACCUAAUGUUCAUUCUAAUCCUAGCCUGUCUAUGCGUCACGCUGGCCCAAGGUUCCUAUGAAGACUGCUGUCUGAAGUACGUGCGGAGGGUGAGGAAGACUGCUUUGAGGAUGGUGACGAGUUACAGGAGGCAGGAGACAGACGGGGGCUGCAACAUCCACGCUAUUGUGUUCACCAUGAAGAGAGGCAGGUUGUUCUGUGCUGACCCCAGAGAGAAGUGGGUGAAUGAACUGAUGCUGAAGGUUGAAACCAAGAAGAGUAAAAAGCACACGAAGGGGCUAAAGAAGCCGAGAGGCUAGAAGCUCUGCCUUCGAGACCGUGUCGUCUAUAACCUUUUACUCUGCCAUCCUGCCGUGACGAGUCCUGUUGUAAAUCAGUACGAUUUUUGAUGAUGUCUGGUCAUUUGAGGGACAUUUUUGCUUUUCUACUGCAGAAGGCAUCUGCUGCUUUAACAGAGAUCUAACUGGCAAUGAUGCAUGUUUUCUGCUACUGUGCAGUUCUGCUAUUCCUUUAACAGACACCCAUACCUGUUGAAGCCAGCCCAGCCAUUCCGUAUGGCUGCAUUUUACUGUAUAGCAAUCCUGUCGGAACCUGUGCGUAUGUGUGUGCGUGUGUGUGUGCGUGUGUGUGUGAGUGUGUGUGUGUGC